CAUUCUUCACCCUGUGCUAGUUCUGCCUGUCUUAAACGAGGAUGCCUCUGUUCGGUACGACAUGUAUUGUUCCUGCAACACAAGCACACUUAAGGGAUGAUGACAGAGGAAUUCCUCCCCAUGUCUAUUUAAAGAUUGAAUUGUGGUCCCCUGGCUGCUUGAGGAUACCUAUGAUUAAUCACAGCACUGCAUGCACGGAGCUCCAAAUAUGGCCUCGUUGGGAGACUCCAUCACUGAUAAGACUCUAUCCCGCUGAUUUCUAUAUUACCCUCCACCACUCAUUAACCACCUCCCUUCACUAACUCCCAGCCCAACCAGACACAAAAACAUUCCUGGGCCUUAAAGCGCUCCUCCAUAUUUGGCAGAGGGGCUUUGCUUAUAAGGAGAACUCAUGGUGAAACUCCAACAGGUCACCGUUCUAUCUCAAGGACCAUUACACCUCAGUCUUCUCAGUAAGGAUAAAGGUGAAAAAUGGGUGAUGCUGCCAUGAAAGAAUUUGGGGCAGCGGCCCCUUACCUGAGGAAGUCAGACAGGGAGCGUCUGGAGGCCCAGACUCGCCCGUUUGACAUGAAGAAGGAGUGUUUUGUUCCUGACCCCAGUGAUGAAUAUGUGAAGGCUUCGAUCACCAGCCGUGAUGGGGACAAAGUCACUGCUCAGACUGAGAAAGGGAAGACCGUCACAGUGAAGGAUUGCGAUGUGCACCCUCAGAACCCGCCAAAGUUCGAUAAAAUUGAAGACAUGGCGAUGUUCACCUUCCUCCAUGAACCAGCUGUGCUGUAUAACCUCAAAGAGCGUUACGCAGCGUGGAUGAUCUACACCUACUCUGGGUUGUUCUGUGUGACUGUCAAUCCCUACAAGUGGCUGCCAGUCUACAACCAGGAGGUGGUCGUUGCCUACAGAGGAAAGAAGAGGAGUGAAGCUCCUCCUCAUAUCUUCUCCAUCUCUGACAAUGCCUAUCAGUACAUGCUAACUGACAGAGAAAAUCAGUCAAUUCUCAUCACUGGAGAAUCUGGAGCUGGGAAAACUGUCAACACCAAGAGAGUCAUCCAGUACUUUGCCAGCAUUGCAGCUGGAAGUGGGAAAAAGGACACAGGCUCUGAGAAAAAGGGUACUCUGGAGGAUCAAAUCAUCCAGGCUAACCCGGCAUUAGAGGCCUUUGGGAAUGCCAAAACCAUCAGGAAUGACAACUCCUCCAGAUUUGGUAAAUUUAUCCGAAUUCACUUUGCAGCCAGUGGGAAGUUGGCCUCUGCUGACAUAGAGACAUAUCUGCUGGAAAAGUCCCGUGUCACCUUUCAGCUCAAGGCUGAGAGAGAUUAUCACAUCUUCUAUCAGAUCUUGUCUCAAAGGAAGCCCGAGCUUCUCGAGAUGCUGCUCAUCACCAACAACCCUUAUGAUUAUGCCUUCAUCUCUCAAGGAGAGACAACAGUAGCCUCAAUCAAUGAUGCUGAAGAGCUAAUGGCCACUGAUGAUGCCUUUGAUGUGCUGGGCUUUACUCAAGAAGAAAAGAAUAGCAUUUACAAGCUGACUGGUGCCAUCAUGCACUAUGGGAACAUGAAAUUUAAGAACAAGCAGCGUGAAGAGCAGGCAGAGGCUGAUGGCACAGAAGAUGCGGACAAAUCCGCUUAUCUGAUGGGCCUGAACUCUGCUGACCUCAUCAAAGGUCUCUGUCACCCAAGAGUCAAAGUAGGAAACGAGUGGGUCACCAAAGGACAGAAUGUACAGCAGGUGUACUAUGCUGUCGGCGCACUGGCUAAAGCAGUGUAUGAGAAGAUGUUUCUGUGGAUGGUGGUGAGGAUUAACCAGUCCCUGGACACCAAACAGCCCCGCCAGUACUUCAUUGGUGUGCUUGACAUUGCUGGAUUUGAGAUCUUUGAUUUCAACACCUUUGAGCAGCUGUGCAUCAACUUCACCAACGAAAAACUGCAACAGUUUUUCAACCACCACAUGUUUGUACUGGAGCAGGAAGAGUACAAGAAAGAGGGCAUCGAAUGGACUUUCAUUGACUUUGGCAUGGAUCUGCAGGCCUGUAUCGACCUAAUUGAAAAGCCCAUGGGUAUCAUGUCCAUCCUUGAAGAGGAGUGCAUGUUCCCCAAAGCCAGUGAUGCCACCUUUAAAGCUAAGCUCUAUGACAACCACGUGUUCUUUAAAGCUGGUCUUCUUGGCCAACUUGAAGAGAUGAGAGAUGACCGUUUAUCCCUCAUAAUCACGGGAAUCCAGGCUCGAUCAAGAGGUCUGCUCGCAAGAGUGGAAUUCCGGAAGAUUUAUGAAAGGAGGGAUGCACUUCUUGUGAUCCAGUGGAACAUACGUGCCUUCAUGGGGGUUAAGAAUUGGCCCUGGAUGAAGCUUUUCUUCAAGAUCAAACCUCUGCUGAGAUCUGCUGAGGCAGAAAAGGAGAUGGCCAACAUGAAGGAAGAAUUCCUAAAACUCAAAGAAGCUUAUGCAAAAUCUGAAGCUCGAAGAAAGGAACUAGAGGAAAAAAUGGUGACUCUUCUCCAAGAGAAGAAUGACCUGCAGCUCCAAGUUCAGGCUGAGCAAGAUAAUCUUGCAGAUGCCGAGGAAAGAUGUGAGGGGCUGAUCAAACACAAAAUUCAGAUGGAAGCAAAAGCCAAAGAGCUCUCUGAGAGGCUGGAGGAUGAGGAGGAGAUGAAUGCAGAACUGACUGCUAAGAAGAGGAAGCUGGAGGACGAGUGCUCCGAGCUGAAGAAAGACAUCGAUGACUUAGAGUUAACUCUAGCUAAAGUGGAGAAAGAGAAGCAUGCCACUGAGAACAAGGUCAAGAACCUUGUUGAAGAGAUGGCUGCUUUAGAUGAGAUCAUUGCCAAGCUGACCAAGGAAAAGAAAGCUUUACAGGAAGCUCAUCAGCAAACUCUGGAUGACCUGCAGAGUGAGGAAGACAAAGUCAACACUCUGACUAAGGCCAAGGCUAAGCUGGAGCAGCAAGUGGAUGAUCUUGAGGGUUCUCUGGAACAAGAAAAGAAGAUUAGGAUGGAUCUUGAAAGAGCAAAGCGAAAGCUGGAAGGAGACCUGAAACUGACCCAAGAGAGUCUCAUGGACCUUGAGAAUGACAAGCAACAACUUGAGGAGCAUUUGAAAAAGAAGGACUUUGAGCUCAGCCAGCUUAAUAAUAAAAUUGAAGAUGAGCAGGCCAUUGCCAUUCAGCUUCAAAAGAAACUGAAAGAGCUUCAGGCGCGUAUUGAGGAGCUGGAGGAAGAGCUCGAAGCAGAGAGAGCUGCUCGAGCCAAGGUGGAGAAGCAGAGAGCAGACCUGGCCAGAGAGCUGGAGGAGAUCAGUGAGAGGUUGGAGGAGGCUGGAGGAACUAAUCUAGAGAAAGCAUGCAGGACUCUGGAAGAUCAAAUGAAUGAGUACAAGACAAAGUUUGAAGAGGCUCAGCGCUGCAUCAGUGACUUCAACAUGCAGAAAGCUAAACUUCAAACAGAAAAUGGUGAGCUCUCGAGGCAGCUGGAGGAUAAGGAGUCCUUGGUGUCUCAACUCACAAGAGGGAAAAUGUCCUACACUCAGCAGAUUGAGGAUCUAAAGAGACAACUGGAAGAGGAGACCAAGGCAAAGAAUGCUCUGGCCCAUGCAGUGCAGUCUGCUCGCCAUGACUGUGACCUGCUCAGGGAGCAGUAUGAGGAGGAGCAGGAGGCUAAAGCUGAACUACAGCGUGGCAUGUCCAAAGCCAACACUGAGGUGGCUCAGUGGAGGGCAAAGUAUGAAACUGAUGCCAUCCAGAGGACCGAAGAACUAGAAGAGGCCAAGAAAAAGCUGGCUCAGCGUCUGCAGGAGGCUGAGGAGGCUGUUGAAGCAGUGAAUGCUAAAUGUUCCUCUCUGGAGAAGACCAAACACAGGCUGCAGAAUGAGAUUGAAGAUCUCAUGGUGGAUGUAGAGAGGUCUAAUGCUGCUGCCGCUGCUCUGGACAAGAAACAAAGAAACUUUGACAAGGUUCUUUCUGAGUGGAAGCAGAAGUAUGAGGAGUCUCAGUGCGAGCUGGAGAGCUCCCAAAAGGAAGCAAGGGCUCUGAGCACUGAGCUGUUCAAACUGAAGAACUCAUAUGAGGAAGCUCUGGAUCAUCUGGAGACCAUGAAAAGAGAGAACAAGAAUUUACAGGAGGAGAUUUCUGACAUCACUGAGCAACUUGGUGAGAGUGGCAAAAGUAUACAUGAACUGGAAAAGUUACGGAAACAACUGGAACAGGAGAAGAGUGAGAUUCAGUCUGCUCUCGAGGAAGCUGAGGCCUCUCUUGAGCAUGAAGAGGGUAAGAUUUUAAGAGCCCAGCUUGAGUUCAAUCAAAUUAAAGCUGAUAUUGAACGUAAACUGGCCGAGAAGGAUGAAGAGAUGGAGCAGUGCAAGAGAAACCUGCAGAGGACCAUCGACACCCUGCAGAGCUCUCUUGAAGCUGAGUGUCGCAGCAGGAAUGAGGCUCUGCGGCUGAAGAAGAAAAUGGAAGGAGACCUGAACGAGAUGGAGAUCCAGCUAAGCCAGGCCAACAGGCAGGCAGCCGAGGCCCAGAAACAGCUUAAGGCUGUUCAUGCACAUAUGAAGGAUUGCCAAAUUCAGCUGGAUGACUCUCUUCGGGCCAACGAUGACCUUAAAGAGAACAUUGCCAUUGUUGAGCGACGCAACAACCUUCUUCAGGCUGAACUGGAGGAGCUGAGAGCAGCUCUGGAGCAAGCGGAGAGAAGCCGCAAACUUGCAGAGCAAGAGCUGCUGGAUGUCAGUGAGAGAGUGCAGCUACUGCACUCACAGAACACCAGCCUGAUAAACCAAAAGAAGAAGCUGGAGGCUGAUACAUCCCAGCUUCAGAGUGAAGUGGAGGAGGCAGUGCAGGAGUGCAGGAAUGCAGAGGAGAAGGCCAAGAAGGCCAUCACUGAUGCUGCCAUGAUGGCAGAGGAGCUGAAGAAAGAGCAGGACACCAGCGCUCAUCUGGAGACUGAGGAGGACCGCAAGAAUAUUCUGCGUCUGCAGGAUCUGGUUGACAAACUCCAGCUCAAAGUCAAAGCCUACAAGAGAGCUGCAGAGGAGGCUGAAGAGCAGGCCAAUACUCACCUGAGCAAGUUCCGUAAACUGCAGCACGAGCUGGACGAGGCUGAAGAGAGAGCUGAUAUUGCUGAGUCUCAGGUCAACAAGCUGCGUGCCAAGAGUCGUGACGUGGGCUCUAAGAAAGGGCUAGAUGAGGAGUGAAACUCACAGACGGCCACCUAAGACCUUUGGGAUCUUCUCUAUUGGUUCUCCUUUGUCUCCAAAGUAACUGUAGAAUAAAGCAAAGUGCAUUCAAAUUAA